UGUGACGUCACCGACCAAAUCCCCUUGAAGAGCUCGAAAAUGGCCGUCAAAGCAAAGCGAUUUUAAUCUACAGUCGAAAUAACGUUUUUGGGUGUUGUUCAGACCAUAAAAGAUUUACGUGAGGUUUUGCCUCUACACGUCAUGCCACAUAUCACUCACAGUGAGUUUCUUCUGGAGCAGCUGAAGAGGCAACGCGAGAGGAGUUUUCUGUGUGACUGCACAGUAUCCAUAGGUCAGGCUCAGUAUCGAGCACAUCACAAUGUUCUGGCAGCCUUUAGUGAGUAUUUCUCCACACAGUCUGUUGAUGCUGGAAGAGAGGAUCCCACCAUAACUUUGGACCCUGAGAGCGUGAGCAGUGCCAUCUUUGAAAAACUACUGACUUACAUUUACACCGGUGAUCUGAAUAUGGACAGAGAAGAAAUCGAAAGCGUUCAGAAAGCUGCAUCUUAUCUUGGCAUGCCUGAGGUUGUGGCUCGCUGCACUUUAUCCCAAGAUAACAUCAAAAAUGUUGGAUCACCCAUGAGAAAAGCAGAAUACGAGGAUCCACGAUCUCCUCUGAGCCCAGACGACUAUGAGCCUUUAGAGCCGAUCUCGGAGGUGGAGGAGCGAGAGCUGCUGCGAGAAGACAGAGCAGGAGACGAUUUCGUGUCAAUAGAUGAAGCUGGGUCAUCCAGCGAACAGACCCCGCAGAGAGUUGGAAAGAGAGGGAGAAAACCCAAAACUAGGCUGUACGAGGAUGAGUUUGAGGUUGAAACCAUCAGCGCUCAGAGAGGCAGGGGAAGAGGUCGAGGAAGGCCGAGAGGACGGCCAAGAGUCAGGCCUUUGAGUUCUGAUUCCACUGAACAAUCGCCAGCACAUCAAGCUAUGAGUCCAAAUGGCAGCUCAACAGGCAGAGGAUCCGGUAGACCAAGAGGUCGUCCAAGGGUUAGACCACUGUCCACCGCUAGUGAAGACCCUCGUAAUGUUGAAAAUGAUCCAGCAGCAAACAAAGAUCAAGAAGGUGAAAAAGAAGAUGAAGAACAAGAAAAGGAGACUGGUAAAGAAGACGACGGUAAGAUAAAGGAUGACACAGGCAACCCAGAAGAAGUCACAGCAUCCAAACGAGGCAGAGGAAGGCCACGAAUAAAACCGGUAUCCACUGAGGACCAAACUAUAAACUCUGAGAAUGCGACAAUAAAUGCUGAAGACGGAUCGGCACCGGCAAAGACGAAAGACAAUGAAGGAACGGGCCGUAAAAGAGGAAGACCACGAAGCAAGCCUGUUUCUUCUGAGGAUCCUGAAUCUGUUCUUUCAGUGGAGAUCAGCGGAGAAGAAGCUGGCGAAGAAACCAGCCAGGAUGCUGAGAAACACACAGAAGAAGGAACCGAAGAUUCAGAGUCCAAUCCUGGCAACAACGUCCGCAUCAGCAAAAGAAAGAGGAUCUUGAGUCGAAAGCUGAAAGAGAGCCAAGCUGGUGAUGAGGAGGAGGAGGAGGAGGAAGAAGACGAGAUGGAUGAUGAGUUUGAGAAUGAUAACGAGGACUGGGCAGGGGAAGAGGAAGUGAAACCGGUGCAGGACAAACACAGGCCUAUUUGUAACAUCUGUGGGAACCUGUUUUCUGAGAUGAGCAGUUUGCGGAGGCACAUGCGCAUUCACAAGGGCCUCAAACCCUAUCAGUGCACGCUCUGCACGCGCUCCUUCAGACAGGGCAACCAGCUGAAGACACAUAUGCGCAUACACACAGGAGAGAAGCCCUUCACCUGUACGUCCUGCGAUGCGCGGUUUGCUCAGAAGUGUCAGCUGGUCUAUCACUGCCGCAUGCAUCAUGGAGAAGAGAAGCCGUAUAAAUGUGAAUUCUGUGGAGCAGCUUUUGCCACAUCUAGCAAUCUGAAAAUUCACAUACGGAAGCACAGUGGUGAGAAGCCGUAUGAAUGUGGAGAAUGUGGGAAGCGUUUCACUCAGGCCAGUACUCUAAUGUAUCACAAGCGAAGACACACUGGAGAAAAACCAUACAUCUGUGACACCUGCGGCAUGGCCUUCGCCGUGUCCAGCUCGCUCAUCGCACACAACAGGAAACACACCGGAGUGACUCCAUAUAUAUGCUUGGAUUGCGGAAAGCCUUGCCUAACUGCAGGUGAACUUCGGAAACAUAUGGAUGUCCACAAUGGAGCAAGAAAAGUGAUUUGUAAUCUGUGUGGAAUCAUAUUUUCAGACAUAUACAGCUUGAAGAAGCACAGCAUCUUGAAACACAAUGUCGUUCCAGAGCUAGAGACGACCCAGACUUCCAAAACCGACCCUACGCAGUGUCCCCUCAACAUCCCAAUUGACCACCAGGGCCUGAUCGCACGUGUGCGUUCAGCUCUUGUCGAUUCGCAAGACCACGAAAUCCAGAUUGAGCCUCCACUGCCCAUUUUGCCUCCAGAAGCAUCCCUCAUCAUCCAGCAGUCGGCGGAGCCUCAGAUGAUCAUCCAGCACGCAGACGGCAGCGAGCCCUCCAUGAUAUUCCAGCACGCAGAGGCAUCCGAAGCCCCGAUGCUAAUCCAGCACGGAGAAUCCGGAGAGCAGGUGAGCUACGUGGUGGAGCAGUACGAGAUCCCAGCCACCGCUGAGAUGGAGCACACGCAGAUCGUCAUCGUUCAGACCAUCGAUUAAAUAAAUAAACAUCAGCUUUUACUUACGUUUUAAAUCUGUGUUCUCCAUCCGUCUUGUUUUCUAAGCUUGUGAAUGAUAAACUCUGUUGCGAGUGUGUGUGGAGAUGAGAUUCUCUCCUUUGUUUUUUUUUAUUCAGAACAUAAUUUGGAUCACUUAUACACACACUAAGAAAUAAAGGUAGAAAAUUGGACCCCUUUAGAGCAGUGUUUCCCUACUCUGUUCCUAAAGGCACACCAACAGUACUUACCUUGGAUCUCUCCUUUAUCUAAUCCAGGGGUGUCAAACUUAGUUCCUACACGGCUGCAGCCCUACACAGUUUAGUUCUAACCCUGCUUCAACACACUUGCCUGUAGGUUUUAAACAAGCCUGAAGUACUCAAUUAGUAAGAUCAGGUGUGUUUAGUUAGAGUUAGAACUAAACUUUGCAGAGCUGAGACCCCUGAUCUAAUCUAUUCACUUCUGGAUUUGGAGUCUGUUCUAAUGCUCUGAGUUGAUCCAGGUGUUUUGAUUAUGGAGGGGUUGAAAAUGUUAACUGUUGGUGUGCCUUCAGGAACAUAGUUGGGAAACAUCGCUUUUGAACAGUGUUUCUCAACCACGUUCCUGGAGGCCCACCAGCACUGCAUGUUUUGGAUGUCUCCUUUAUCUGUCACACCUAUUACAGGUCUCUCAGUCUCUGCUAAUGAGCUGAUAAUCGGGGUGUUUAAGGAAACAUGCAAAAUGUGCAGAGCUGGUGGUCCUCCAGGAACGUGGUUGAAAAACACUGCUUUAGAAUACACUUUUGUACCUUUAGGUUACUAUGAGGUACACAUUUGUACUUUUUGGCUGUUAAAAUGUACCUUUUAAGGGCCUGUUAGGAACAAAAAUGUGACAGAUUUUGUACCUUUAUUUCUGAGUGUACAGAUUUGUUUUCUGAAAUGAAGGGAAGGCCAGAUUUGGGUUAAGCUGUAAUUAUAAAAGGAGAAGCAUUUCGGUUUCAAAUGUUUAAUGAGGCUUUUUGUAUUUAAUUAAAAAGACUGUACGUCUAUAUGCUUUACAGGUCCUUCAGAUGUUUUCAACUGUGUCUUUUAGAAGUAUGAUGUGUAAAUAGCUAUAAUGUUAUAUAUAUAUAUAUAUUUGACCCAGCCUCUGACCUGUUUCAUAACGAUGUGAAAUUAUUCAGAUGCUCUACUGGGCAACUUUUAUAAUAAAUCAUCUCACGUAUGGUGUAA